AUGUCAAGCUUGGACAAGCUGGUAAAAACUAAAGAUUUUACACUAUCAACAAAGGUCCGCAUAGUCGGAACUAUGCCAUGCCCAGUAGUAACAUACGGAGGUGAGAGCUGGACUAUAAAGAAGGCUGAACGUCAUAGAAUUAAUGCCAUUGAACUGUGGUGUUGGCGAAAACUGCUUAGAAUCCCUUGGAUUGCAAGAAGAUCCAAUAAAUCCGUACUACAAGAAAUCAAGAAAUACUGCUCACUGGAAGCUAUGAUCAUGAGGUUGAAGCUCAAAUAUUUUGGCCAUAUAAUGAGAAGACAUGAUUCUCUAGAAAAGACUCUGAUGCUGGAAAAGAUUGAAGGCACACGAAGAAGGCGACAACAGAGACAGAGAUUGAUAGAUGAGGUCACUGAAGCCACGAACAUGAAGUUGUUAGAACUCAGAGGGGCAGUGACUGACCGAUGUACCUGGCGUGCUAUGGUCCAUAUGGUCACGGAGAGUCGGACACGACUGAACGACUAA